AUGAAAAUCAAAGCAGUAAAGUUAUCACCAACGGAGAAGACUUGGUUCACCACUCCCGACCACUCCUCGUACACUGAUGUUUGUCGUGGGCCAUGCCAAUGCACGGAGCAGUCCAUCACGUGUCAGGAAGGGGUGGGAGGGGUGAAAGACGGCUGUAAUUGCUGUUUUAUUUGCGCCCGUCAACAAGGAGAGACCUGUAACAAAAGGGACAUAUGUGACGAGGCUAAAGGACUCACGUGUGACACAACAUUCGGAGAUGGCACCAAUGGACGCGGGAUAUGUAGAGCAAAAGAAGCCAAAUCCUGUGAAGUUGACGGCAAGGUCCACGAGGAUGGUUCCCAGUGGUACAAAGACUGCCGCACUAUGUGCACAUGCCAGAAUGGUAACUACGGCUGUGUCUCUGUAUGUCCACAAGAACAGACCAAACCCACCAACCCCAACUGUCAGCUGGUCACAGUCAGAGGCAAGUGCUGCAGGGAAUGGAUGUGUCACGUUCCCAGAGCCAGGAUACGGCAGCCGCCGCCAACCAAAUCUGACUAUCAGAACACAGAGGAAAUUGUACGAGGUAUUUACUAUAGAAAGAUGUUCACAGCCCACUGUUAG